AUGGCCAACUAUGUGAGGUAUUUAAAGGACAUUUUGACGAAGAAGAAGAGACUUGGAGAAUUUAAAACAGUGGCCUUGACAGAAGGUUGUAGCACAAUGUUGAAGAAUAAGAUUCCACCUAAAUUGAAAGAUCUAGGUCGCUUCACAAUUCCAAUUUCUAUUGGGGGCCAAGAUGUUGGUAAAGCUCUUGGUGAUUUGGGAGCUAGUAUUGAUUUGAUGCCCAUGUCCACUUUUAAGAAGUUGGGAAUUGGUGAAGCAAGGCCAACUACGCUCACAUUGCAAUUAGCUGACUGUUUUAUGGUGCAUCCUGAGGGAAAGAUUAAAGAUGUCCUAGUGCAAGUUGACAAGUUCAUUUUUCUAGAAAAUUUUAUUAUUCUUGAUUAUGAGGAAGAUAGAGAGGUUCCCAUCAUCUAG